AUGCCAACCCACCGCCAGCCGCAGGACGUGGCUUCAAGACGAGCUCAAAGCCCGCAGUCGGAUGACAUAGCUCCAAAGCCAACUCAUGUACCGCUGGUUGCAGCCGUUUCUGCGCUAGCCCGAGCCAUCCUGAUGUUAGCACUGGCGUCGGCGCUAGCUCAUUGGCCCAGCAGAGGGGGCCGUCACACCCCCGCCCUUAAAAUGCAGGUUCCCCCAAAGGAACCCUGCAACGAGGCGCCAAAAGAAAGAACGGCCACCAGCGCGUCCUCCAACUCCUCCGUCCCGGUCCACUCCUCCGUCCAGCAACUGAGUGUAGUGUACGCUGUAGCAAUGUGUGCGUCUGUGGCUCAGAGUGUAGUGUACGCUGUAGCAAUGUGUGUGUCUGUGGCUCAGAGUGUAGUGUACGCUGUAGCAAUGUGUGCGUCUGUGGCUCAGAGUGUAGUGUACGCUGUAGCGAUGUGUGCGUCUGUGGCUCAGAGUGUAGUGUACGCUGUAGCAAUGUGUGUGUCUGUGGCUCAGAGUGUAGUGUACGCUGUAGCGAUGUGUGUGUCUGUGGCUCAGAGUGUAGUGUACGCUGUAGCGAUGUGUGUGUCUGUGGCUCAGAGUGUAGUGUACGCUGUAGCGAUGUGUGUGUCUGUGGCUCAGAGUGUAGUGUACGCUGUAGCGAUGUGUGUGUCUGUGGCUCAGAGUGUAGUGUACACUGUAGCGAUGUGUGUGUCUCUGGUAGAGUGUAGUAGUGUAGUGUACUACUACUACUACUCCUGCUGGGACUCUGAGGAGCACAGGGACUGGCCUCCUGCUGGGACUCUGAGGAGCACAGGGACUGGACUCCUGCUGGGACUCUGA